AUGAAAAUAUUAUUAUUUGUUAUAUUUUGUUUAAUCAGUCUUGUUUAUUCACAGCAACAAAAUACAAUUACAAUAAUUCCUUAUGAAUAUACCAAUGGGUGUGCAAAUUCUCCUGAACCCAAUGGUAUAGUAUUAUUAAUUGUUUUAUAUUAUUCAGGUUAUAAUUUACCAUUUAAUUAUUGUGUAAUGAUGAAUGGAUUUGGUAUCACAAUUGAACCUAGUGUUAAAAAGAAUCGUAAAUAUGUAUCAUUUAGUACCAAUUGCACAUUCAAUAAUGAAAUUAUUAGACAAGAUUUAUACCCAUUCAAUACAUGUGUUAAUUUUACACUCCCAGAUGGUCAAUCAUCAAUGGUUAUGUUUAAAAUAAAUGGUCAAGUUCCAAAAGAUUCAAUAUCAUUUAAUUAUUUUUAUAAUCCUUCCCAAGAAGGUACUUGUAAUGGUAAUUCUUAUUCAAUUUUUAGAACUGAUGGAUUUAAUGGCGAUGGACACACCUAUUCAUGUGCAAAAGGUGAACCUUAUGAACAAAUAUGUUCAAUACCAAGUAAUUGCACAUGGGUUCCAAUCAACAAUAAUAAUGAAUGUUAUAAUAAUAGCAACAGUAUAAUACCCUCCUAUGAUAUCACUUGUGUUUAA